GUCAGACUGAGGCAGAGAACCAUCAUUAAUUGAAGCAAGAUUUUUCUGGCCUGAGACUUUCAGGGAGCCAAGAAAGACACUCUGGACACCGCUAUGGACAGCCUCUUGAUGAACCGGAGGAAGUUUCUUUACCACUUCAAAAAUGUCCGCUGGGCUAAGGGUCGGCAUGAGACCUACCUGUGCUAUGUAGUGAAGAGGCGGGACAGUGCUACUUCCUUUUCACUGGACUUUGGUCAUCUUCGCAAUAAGUCCGGCUGCCACGUGGAAUUGCUCUUCCUCCGCUACAUCUCGGACUGGGACCUAGACCCUGGCAGGUGCUACCGCGUCACCUGGUUCACCUCCUGGAGCCCCUGCUACGACUGUGCCCGACAUGUGGCCGACUUUCUGCGAGGGAACCCCAACCUCAGUCUGAGGAUCUUCACCGCGCGCCUCUACUUCUGCGAGGACCGCAAGGCUGAGCCUGAGGGGCUGAGGCGGUUGCACCGCGCCGGGGUGCAAAUAGCCAUCAUGACCUUCAAAGAUUAUUUUUACUGCUGGAAUACUUUUGUAGAAAAUCGUGAAAGAACUUUCAAAGCCUGGGAAGGGUUGCAUGAAAAUUCAGUUCGUCUCUCCAGACAGCUUCGGCGCAUCCUUUUGCCCCUGUAUGAGGUUGAUGACUUACGAGACGCAUUUCGUACCUUGGGACUUUGAUAGCAACUUCCAGGAAUGUCACACACGAUGAAAUAUUUCUGCUGAAGACAGUGGAUAAAAAACAAUCCUUCAAGUCUUCUCUGUUUUUCUUCUUCAACUCUCAUUUUCUUAGAGUUUAGAGAAAAAAUAUUUAUAUACGACUCUUUAAAAAGAUCUAUGUCUUGAAAAUAGAGAUGGAACACAGGCCUGACCAGGGACAUGCUGCAAUCGGUGCAGUUUUGAAUGCAACAUUGUCCCCUACUGGGAAUAACAAAACUGCAGGACCUGGGAGCAUCCUAAAGUGUCAACGCUUUUCUAUGACUUUUAGGCGGGAUGAGAGCAGAAGGUAGAUCCUAGAAAGCAUGGUGAGAGGAUCAAAAGUUUUUGUAUCAACAUCCUUUAUUAUUUGACUCAUUUGAGUUAACAGUGGUGUUAGUGAUAGAUUUUUCUAUUCUUUUCCCUUGAUGUUUACUUUCAAGUAACACAAACUCCUCCAUCAGGCCAUGAUCUAUAGAACCUCCUAAUGAGAGUAUCUGGGUGAUUGUGAUCCCAAACCAUCUCUCCAAAGCAUUAAUAUCCAAUCAUGUGCUGUAUGUUUUAAUCAGCAGAAGCAUGUUUUUAUGUUUGUAUAAAAGAAGAUUGUUAUGGGUGGGGAUGGAGGUAGAGACCAUGCAUGGUCACCUUCAAGCUAUUUUAAUAAAGGAUCUUAAAAUGGGCAGGAGAACUUGAACAAGACACCCUAAUAAUGGGUUGAUGGCUGAUGUAGCAAAUCUUCUGGAAACACAAACGCUUUUAAGGAAGUCCCUAAUUUAGAAAUACCCACAAACUUCAUAUAUCAUUAUUAGCAAACAAUUGGAAGGAAGUCCCUUGAAUGUUGGGAAGAGGAAAAUCUGUUGGCUCUCCUGGGUCUCUUAAUCUCAGAAAUGCCAAUCAGGUCAAGGUUUGCUACUUUUUGUAUGUGUGUGUUGUUUCUCCCAAAGGCAUAUUAACUAUAUAAAAUAGUUGUGACAAAACAGGACGAUAAAGCUGCGAAUAAGGCACACGCUUAUAGUUCUAGCUGCUUGGGAGAUUGAGGAGGGAGGAUGACUUGAAGACAGGUGUUCAAGGCCAGCCUGGGCAACAUAGCAAGACCCUGUCUCUUCAAAAAAGAAAAAA